UAGGAGCUUACACUGGCAUCUGAUUGGAGAUUGGAGCGGGCUAUCAGGGGCCCGUUUACCCAGCGGCAGCCCUCACGCUGGCUCCACUGAGGAGACUUCACUCACGAGAAGAUGGCUCCCGCGUUGGCUUUGCUUCUCCUUUGCCAAGUGGCUUUAUACACAACUGUAACAUCCAAGAACGUGUGUGGCCGUCCUGAUGUCGCUGAUGGGAUAGAGGAGUUGACCUUAAAUCGUGUGUAUGAGGUCGGAGAUCAGGUGAACCUCGUGUGUGAAAGGGGCUUCUUGCCUUCGACAGCGACCCCUCGAAAGCUGACCUGCACCGACACAGGAGGAUGGACACCGUCAGACCUGGCAUGCUCCCCCAAGAUGUGCCCAAUACCUCGACCUCUGCAGCCAUUAGCAAUGGGGAGGACGGAAGCUCCAUUCAAGAGUGUGCUUAACUACACAUGUGAUGACGGGUACGUCAUGCAAGGAGCCAAUGAGAGCAGGUGUUCACAUGAUGGCACCUGGAGCAAUCCACCGCCUCUCUGCAAAGCGGUGAACUGUCCACUGCCCAAGUCCCCUCGAGAUGGGAGGAUCGUCUUUGAUAAGCCGGUUACUGGAAGCACCACCAUGUACGGGCAAGGCUGGACAUACGAGUGUAACCCACGUAUGGCACCAAGUUACGAGAGGGGAUCCUGCAUGGCUGACGGAAGCACGACUGAGCCGCCGCUGUGCAGAGAGGUGAGCUGCACCAUCCCAACCGGCAUACCGAAUGGCUUCAUCACCUUCGCUGUGAUGAGACAACAUGGCUACAAGGAGACGGUUAAGUACGCCUGCAAUGAGCAUUACAUUCUGGAUGGAGAGGCUGAGAUACAGUGCCAGAACUCAGGAAACUGGUCAUCCAAGCCAGUUUGCAGAGUUCCCUGCGCAGUUGGCAUCAAAAGAGGCCGCAUCUUCUACAACGCCAAGAAGCUCUGGAUCGGCGACCUGAAACCCAACAGAGUCCUCCAUGGAGAACAUGUUGCCUUCUAUUGUCUGAACAGAGCGGAGAGGUGUGGCUACCCUGUGGCCAGCACCUGCAACGACGGGACCAUCCCCAUCCCAGAGUGCUUUGAGGAACCAGGCAAGGUGGAGUACACCUUGAGGGCCAAAACCCUUCCAUCAGAAAUCACAAUGUGUGCUACUUCACCCCCUGCACGACCGGCAUAGCUUUGAACAGAAUGACCUGAAACACUACGGGCACUGACCGAAUAUGAAUGAUUGAAACAUGCUACAGAAGACAGAUGACAUGUAUUUCCUUGUGCCUGUCAUGAUCAGCUAAUAAUAAAGUAAUUAUG